CCUGGGGCCCUCCACCCCGAUCCGGGGGGCCACUGGGGGUGGGGGUACAUGGGGGUGGCUCAGAUCUGCUCCCUCUUGUGUCCUGGGCACCCCUGGGGAGGUCAGAUCUGCCCCCCCAUAUGUCUAGGGGGCUCUCCUGGGGUGUGGUGGUACAUGAAGGAGGCUCAACUCUCCCCCCCACCCCUUGUGUCAAGGCGGUCUCUUUUGGGGGUGGAGGUUUAUGUGGGAGUCUCAGAUUUGCCCCCCUUUGUAUCCUGGGUUCUCCUGGAGAGCUCAAAUCUGCCCCCCUUGUAUUGAGGGAGUCCCUUGGAGGAUGGAGGUGUGGUGGGGGCUCAAACCUAUCCCUGGUUUAUGUCCGCUGGGAGGUGGAGGGGAAGGCAUCUAUGGGGGGGCUCAGAUCUACCUGGGGGCUCAAAUCUGUCCCCCCUUGUGUCUAAGGGGUGUCCUGAGGGGGAGAUAGGGCUGGGAGGGGGAUGGACAGCAGCAGCAGCCCCCCCACCUCCAGCAGGAUUGAGGCCUGGCACAUCCAUGCAGUGCGCUAGCUUCACAAGAUAGCCCCACCGCCCCUGGGUCUUGCACACUUCCCUCACUCCCGCCUCCCCUGUCUCGCAUGUUCCAGCCUCUCUCCCAUUCCCUCGCAUGAUCCCCAUCCACCCCCCCCACUCCCUCGCACGGGGACCUUAGCAGUGCAAGGCUCCCCCCUUGCACGGUCACCCCCCCCCCAUCUUUCUCCUUGUGCACUCACACUCAUUCCCCCCAUACUUGUUUUCCCCCCCCCUCCACCGCCCAGCUCUGGGCGAGGGAAGCCACUUCCUGUCUCAGUGCAUGUAUCGCACGCGCUGGUGAGCACACGGGCGGGGGGCGGGGCAGGAAGCGGGUGGCGAAAGGCGCCCAGGGCCGGAAGCUGAGGCCUAGGUGGGGGGAGUUGUUUGCACCUCUCCCUUCCCCCACCCACCUGCCAGGGGCAGGUUGCACACUCAUGCCCCCUCCUGGGGCAGGUGGGCAAGGGAGAGGGGGUGGCGGCACUCGCACAUGUGUGCACACGUGGCUUGGGUGACCUGGGUGUGGGGGUUCCCCUUCAGCCAGCAGGGACACAGCAUGUCACAUGCGCGUGUCACACACACUUGGGUAAGUCAGGUGCAUCCAGCUCCACACGCCUUGCAGGGGGUGCGUGUGCUUGGCACAUGGUAGUAUGAAUGGAAGCAUCUCGGAUGCUCGUGCAUACCACACAUACAUGCCAUGCAUCUAGGACCCAGGUGUCUGGGGGGGUCACAGGCAUGUGGAAGCUAGGCCCCUGGGGCACACUCACACGCACACAGGAGGGACCCAGGCAUCCUGGACAUGCACGUGGACCCAGGACACAUGCAUGUGUGCACGUCCAGGCAAUACCCAGGAGUCCAGGAGACAUGCAUGCACGUAUACAUGCACACACACGCAAGCGUUAUUCAGGUUUUUGGGAUAGGCAUGCAUGCAGAACUCAAGCGAGUAUGUAUGUGCAUGCGCAUUCCAGACAGUUGGGUUCUGUGCGUGUGCACACACGUGCGUGCAUGUGUAUGGGUGCACGCAUGAUUUUUGGGUGCCAGGAGCAUGUGUGUGUGUCCCUGACACCUGGGUUCUGUGCGUGUGGGGGAGGGGUGUGCAUGUGUCCUGGACACCUGGGGAAUGUGUGUGCGUGUGUAUCUGUGUACGUCUUGGGUAUUUGAGUGUCGUGUCUGUACGUGUGUGUCCGGCAAGCCUGGGUUACAUGUGUGUGUUUGUGUCGUGGAUACCUGGGUUCUGUUUGUGCACGUGUCCCGGAUACAUGCACGCACCUGCACAGCCAGGUUAUGUGUCCCAGACGCCUAGGUUCUUUUGUCUGUGUGUUUCGAGUGUGUGUGCAUCCAUCCUGGACAACUGGGUUGUAUGCGCGCGCACAUGUGUGUUUGUGUGUGUUUUGGACACCUGGGUCCUCUGUGUGUGCGUCAUGUGUUGCAGACAUUUGGGAAUGGGGGUGUUCCCAAUACCAGGGGGUGGUGUCUGUCCAUCCUGGCCACCUGGGUUCUGUGUGCAUCUGUGCAUGUGGUUGUGUCCCAGAUGCCUGGGUUCUGUGCAUGUGCCCUUGUGUGUAUGCAUACGAAGGACGCCUUCGUGCCUGGGUUGCGUGUGUGCGUGUGUACUUGCACGUGUCCUGAACACCUGGGUUCUGUGCAUGUCUUUCGCGUGUGUAUCUGCAUACGUGUCCUGGGUGCCUCUGUUCUCUGUGCGAUUCCCCCGCCCCAACUUCCUCUUUCUCCAGCCCUUCCUGCACAGCACCUGCCCCCCACCUCCCCUGGGAGGGAGGAGGCCGCUGUGCAUGCUGGGGUGCCCCUUGACUGGUCCCCAUCCCAUGAUCCUCUUUGCUAACACCAAUACGCCCCCCGCAAGUUUCAUUCCCAAAAUAAGCUCCCCCCAACCUAUGAUGUAGUCACCAUGGUGACAGGGCGGGGGUGGGGGCAGGCACCAGUUGCCUGGUGAUGAGUGGGGGGGCAGGAAGUGGCAAAGGGGCGGACAGAAGCCUGAGGAAGUGGCGGGUGGGCGGGCCCAACCCCUCCCAUAGGCUCUACCCUGCCCUCCACAGGACCCCUUCUGUGACCCCUUGACCCCCCCCAUCCCUCCAAGGGAUUCCCAGCCCUUCUCUGUGAUCCCUUGACCUCCCACAGACCCCUUCUGUGAUCUCCAACCCCCAUCCUGUGACCCCACAACCCCUCCUGGGCCCCUCUAGGGGAUCCUCACCCCAUCCCUGUGAUCCCUUGACCCCCCCCCCGACCCCUGCAGGGCACCCUCUACCACCUCCCUGUGACCCUUUGAUGCUCCCAGGGGACCCCACUCCCUCCCUGUGACCCCUCAACCGCCCCCCCAAGACCCCUCCAGAGGACCCGUACCUCCUCCCUGCCCUUGUGACCCCUGCCUCAGCCCCCCUGUGGGAGACUCCCCACAACUCUCCAGAGACCUUCUCAUCCCCUCUUGGGGAGCUGAUUUGCCCCGCUCCUUCAAGUGAUCUCUU